CUAUUUAUUUGUCCACAUUUUAUAAUCUCAUUCUCGGGGUAUUAAAGAGGACAUGUGCCCAGUGAUGAUACGUUUGCUUGGGGAAGACCCAAACAGUAUUUCAUUAGAUAUCUGAUCCAUUGUAACAAUAUGUGGGGAUAGUGGUCUUUUUUUCUUGCUCUUACCGGACUCGAGGUGCAGGGGUCUCGCUCCCUGAAAAUCUCUGUCUCUUCAAAUUUAAUUCAGUGACAUGUCACACUUGAGGAAGGAUAUGGAAAAUUGUGGUUUUAAUAGAAGUCUUGUGUAUUCAUUAUAGUUAACAGGUAGCAAAGGUUUUGCAGCACUAGUCUAUGGCAGAACUGUGGUCAUCUAUCUCUGCUGCUUUGCCUGUGACGGAGGCAGAAUUUCCACUUGACUUCAGUGAAAAAGUUGAGCCCAGUGUGGUGGAUGUGCUGAAACGUUGCAGGCAGCAGCUGUACACCAGGAGCGGUCGAUGGAGGCAAAACGCUCAGAUAAUCUUGGACUUUUCCUGGGAGAAGCUCAACACAGGAACGUGGCGUGAUGUGGACAAGGAGUGGAGGUGUUUGUAUUCAUAUGGCUGCCUGUUCAAAGUAGCUGCCCUAUGCCGUGAUGAUGCCUCACCAGCUACAGUGCAGGAGGCCAUACGGACAUGUGACUUGGGCCUGCUCAUGGGGGCAGCCAUCAUGGACAAUAUUUUACAAACCAUUGUAAGGAUCCUGCAAAAUGAAAUCGGGAAGAGGCACUCCAAUGAGGAGGAUCCUAGUGAAGGAGUUAGUGCCAAGAAAAUGAAGGUUGACUGUGUGUCAGUGCCUGUGGUCAAGCAGGCUCUGGCAGUACCAAGGAUACACUGUCCAUCAUUGRAGAGCUUCAAGAAAGAUUACUUGGACCCCCAAAAGCCAGUCAUAUUAGAGGGUAUCAUAGAUCACUGGCCAGCCUUCAAAAACCACCCUUGGAGCAUAGAAUACCUGCAAACUGUUGCUGGUUGUCGGACUGUACCUGUUGAAGUAGGCUCAAGAUAUACCGAUGAGGAAUGGUCACAGACACUCCUUACGGUCAAUGAAUUCAUUGAUCGCUAUAUUGUUGUGAAAGACGCAUCAAGUUUGGGAUAUCUUGCUCAGCACCAGCUAUUUGAUCAGGUCCCCGAGCUGAAAGACGACAUCCGUAUCCCCGACUACUGUUGUCUUGGUGAGGGAGAUGAAGAUGACAUCACAAUCAAUGCUUGGUUUGGGCCAGGAGGUACAGUGUCCCCCCUUCAUCAGGAUCCUCAACAGAACUUCCUGGCUCAGGUGGUUGGGAGAAAGUACAUUCGUCUGUAUUCCCCUGAGGACACUGAGAAACUCUACCCUCACCAAUUGCAGCUCCUACACAACACUAGUCAGGUGGAGGUGGAGAGCCCAGACGUGGUACGAUUCCCAGAGUUUGUGAAGGCUCCCUACCUAGAGUGUGUGUUGCAGCCUGGGGAGGUCUUGUUCAUCCCAGUCAAGCACUGGCAUUACGUGCGUUCUUUGGAGCUCAGCUUUUCUGUGAGCUUCUGGUGGUCAUGACCCAUGAUGAGGGAUCCAGAUUCAGGUUGUUUUUAGUCAGAAUUUUAGUUUUUGCAGUAGUCUUGUAAAAUGCAAGUCCUGUGCUCACAUAUGUUGUGACUUAAGUCUGAAUGUUAUUUUCUUAAACAAUCAUUAACA